ACUUCGAAUUUCUCUCUCAUUCUUUCUUCCAACUUUGAAAUCCUCUCCCUUUGCAGGAGGUACUAGCAAGAAGCAGCAAGUCGCAGCAGACCAUCAAGCACAUGAUCGAGGACGAUUGUGCGGAUAACGUAAUCCCCUCCCAAAUGUCUCUAGCAAGAUCCUCUCCAAAGUUUUCGAGUACUGCAAGAAGCACGUCGAGUCCGCCGCUGUCGCCGACACUGAGAGCGACAAGACCGCUAAGGAUGUGCUCAAGGCUUGUCAACUGGGUUGGAGCUCUUCGUUCUCUCUCUCUCUCUAUAUCGCCAGAGCUUCACAAGUUCACGACUCUACUACCGUGUGAUGACCCACCAAGCAAGGAAGAUCAUCCAUCUGAUAGUGGGAAGAGGAGUUGUGAAAAGUGUUGAUCAUGAAACCACAGGUGAAGUGAAGAAAGUGAAUGUUGCUCGGAUUUGCUAAGAGGCUUAAUGGUGGAUGCACAAUGAUGUUAUUCGUGCAUGAGUACAAAAGAACUUUAUUAUUGUUGAAAUGGAUUUUUAUUGUAUGCGUAUACAUGGGCCUUAUUGGCUCUUGUUAGGAUUCGUAAAUUAUUAUGUAAUACUACAUUGAUCAUAA